AUGUUUAGUAGGAUUGGAAUCAAUGCCUUUGGCAGAUUUAACAAACCUAGUUUUGGGAGGGUGUUCAAGAACUAUGCCAGGAGAAUGAACUCCACUUCGUCUUCGGGGCCCCAGAAGAAACAGACAGGCAUCAAAGGAUUGGUUCAGGAAUAUGGUUACAGUGCUUUGGGAGUAUAUCUCGGAUUAAGCUGUCUUGAUCUACCCAUUUGUUUUGGAGUGGUUCAUUACGCAGGAGCCGAGAAAAUUUCUGAGUGGGAGGAUGUGGUGAAAGAAUGGAUUGGACUAGGAAAGAAGACAGAGGAAGAGAAGGCAGAAGCUUCCAAGAAGUCUCCCAGUUUGCUUACGGAGUUUGCAGUAGCAUACGGAAUUCACAAGUCGCUGAUUUUCAUCAGGCUACCGCUGACUGCUGCAAUCACACCAUCUAUUGUGAACAAACUGCGUGCUUUGGGGUUCAACAUUGGAAAGACAAAAGUGUCAAAUGUUGCUUCAGCCGCGGCAAGAUCGGUCUCCGAGCACGGAGUGAGGCAGACAAUUUCCAAGGAGGGAACAAAGACGCUAAUAGCAAAGGCUAACAGCGGGACUCCGACUCCGAUCAACCCAAAGUUCGGCAACAGCCGUCCCACCAAAGCACAGAAGUGGUGGAAUUGGUUCUUCUGA